AUGUUUCCUCAGUCUGCUUUUGUCGUCUCCAAACACUGGGCCAUCAUCUGCCUAAAACCCGGCCUAGAGCUCAUGGACACUGUCAUCUCUCGCGACGAACGCUGCAUCAUCACUGCCUCAGUCAAGGACGCUCACCAAGUCAUCUGCCAAGUGGCUAAUGUGUACAUGCCAUCACAGGCAGCCAGUCGUCAUGCUUUCCUGCCAGAGCUACUGUCCAUGCCCUUUUGGUCUGAUAUGCUCGACUUCCAGUGGAUUUUGCUUGGGGAUUUCAAUAUCCAUUUGCAUGAUGCGGGUGAAGCUCGUGGCCCAAAGAUCAAACCCUUUGUCGAAUGGUUAAAUACACAUUUUCUUAACUGUUUCCCCCCAAGAGGUACUAUGACUCUCCCUUGUGCAAGUUCCACCAUUGAUUACAUUUUUGCGCCUCCUCGUAUGGCAACUCGUGUGCUCAAUACUCAGAUUCAUCACAUCCCUCCGGCAUGGACAGAUCACAGUCUUCUAACUAUUGAUCUGGUCACCUCUGGCGUGAAGAUGGGUCCUGGCAGCUGGCGUUUUAAUCCGUACUUGCUUGAGAACAGGGAAUUCCAAGCUCUUCUGGAUAAAACAGUUGUGUUGUGCCAGAAGGGCUACAACUGUCUAUAA